AUGAUGAUAUAAGUAUCAAAUGCCCAAAUUCAGAGCAUAAUAACAAUGUUAAAUUAGUAUGCUUUGAUGAAUCUUGUAAAUAAGAGAGAUUAUAUUGCAUAUAAUGUAUAAAAAAUUGAAUUCAUGUUUCUCAUCCUCAACAUUAAGAAGAAUUGCCUAAAAUGUUUGAACAUAUUUAAUAAGUUGAAAUUGAAUGUGAUGAUUUAACUAAUAAGAUGA